AUGAAGUACGUGAUCGAGCACAUGGAAGAUGGUUUCCUGGAAUGGGUCAUCCUUGAGUACCUGCAAAUCAUCCGGGAAGUGGGUAAGGAUAAUUUGAUCCUUCUGUCUCUUCCUCAAGGUACCGAAGUGCCCCAACAAUUGAAAGAUUUGGGGUUGCAGUGGACCUCCGACGAAUGUGUAUCGUUUAUGGAAGACAAGAACAGAGUGUGUUUGUUGGAUCCAGCGGCCGAGACCGAUUUGGAGCCGCUGGACGCUGACAAGUUCGACUACUUUGUGUUUGGGGGCAUUCUUGGAUCGCACCCUCGUAUCGACCGGACCGGCAUCCUUCGCCGCAAAUACGGUUUUGCUGGCCGUAGACUUGGGGCGUUGCAGAUGACCACCGACACUGCCGUUCGUGUCACUCAAAAAAUUGUCGAAGACAAGACCAAGUUCGAGGAUAUCAAGUUUUUGGACUACCCCGAAAUUCGCUACAACAAAUACGAGUCGACGGAAAUGCCUUUCCGUUAUGUUGUUGACGCUAACAACGAGCCUAUUCUCCCUGAGGGCAUGUUGAAGUUGAUCGAGAAGGAUGCCGAACAAUCCAUCGAUGACUUGCUUGCAUAA